GUCAUUCACCCAAGACAGUUCUCACCGCAGUAAAGCAGUGGUGCGGCGUUCUGGGAUUUUUGAUAUGCCACCGACGCCCUUUGUCAGGAGUUAACGAUUUUGAGGAUUACCUCGCUAUCAACCUCGUUGAAAGAAGAAAUCUCCAUUGUUUCUGAUCUACGUGUAUUCGGUCCAUCAUGGAACCCGAGGGGGCGCAGUGAACGGUCGGACUCUCCCUUUGGGAUAGACACGAAGAGAGUGACACCAGCUCGAGUUGCAUACGGUUUUUCAGAGUGGUAUAAAUUCCAAGUCUUCGCAUUCAGUGAGUGCCAUUGUCGGAAUUUGAUAAGUCAACUUUACAGGGUCUCCUCGUGUGUUCAUCCUCACCCUGAACAUCCGACAUGAUGAACCAUUACGCAAAGGCUGUGUGUAUGCUCCGGAGGAUUCGGUAUCAGUUAGAUCCUAGUAUCUAACGCGCUUGACAGAUGUUGCAAAUGAGGGUGACAAUCCUGUGUGCCCGGCGAAGUCCUGACAUGGGAUUUUGAUGUUAGCCAGUUCCCCGCCAAUAUCAUUGUUCUGAGGGAUCACAAUGCGCUCCUUGGACCCUGAACAGCACCUCAUGGUGCUUUGAACUUGACGUUUGGCUUGGGACAAUGCCUCCGUUGCAAGUAACCUAACUUGCCUCUUCGGGGCUUGGCAAUCGAUUUCUGCUGCAACGUUGCAGCAGGGCUGCUGAUCAUACACGGAUGUCUACAAAUGAUCAAUAUCCCAUAGUCGGCAUCGAUGGUCAUGAAGAAGCAAAGUGACAACCGGUCCUCUCUAUCCGAGUAGUGAACACUCUCCGCACAUAUCGUAUCAAUGUCCUUCGAGUUAAGCACAUCUUUCCGAUUGUUCUAGAAGCCAAUAUCUGGAUGGUCACGCUUUGAACGGGGGGCUUCACUGAUUUGCUUCGGCAAAAGCUGUCUUCAAAAAGAAGUCUGUCUGCGCGUAAUGGACCACGUAUCCACGACAUGACCUCACGAGCCCGACCACCGAGCCAAGGAGAAAUGUUUCUGGAUGUAUCCUGGAAUGUUCAAGAGGUUACAAAUUACCUGAAGGGUUUGACGAGCAAAGUCGAGAUGCUGAAUAUCCCUCAAAGUGCGAAAGAACAAACAGCACAAAUGCACGGAUAUAAUCACUUGGUUAUAUCUACCCUAGAUAUGUCCCCAUUCACCGAGCACACUGAGGGCAAGCAUGAUGUGUAUGAUGCUCUAGCUUCCGCCGUCUUGGUCAUCGAAACACCUUCAGAGGCGGAGACAGUCCCACCUGACCGCCAGGACAACUCAGAGGUUUUAGCUGCAUAGCGUAUUUGUGUUUCUGUUAUGUAUAAGUUAUGAUACGGUCUGCACUACAAC